AUGCCACGAACGAUACCAUGGCUCGCAAACCCAGCUCCACCUGAACGCAAGUCCCGUAACACAACCACGACUGCGAAACGCCGCAAAGUCGACUCCUCGCCGCCGUCAUCUCCUCCCUCCGGCCUCGAUGAAUUCAUCCGCACGCCCAAGAGCACCAACUCCCGUCGAGAUGCCGCAGCAUUACACUCACCUUCGACAUCCCCACCGCCUGCGCCUCCAAAGCAAGAGUUCAUGCGGCCGGGCUGGGAGGCAGAUGACGGCUGGAGAAUGGUGACUGAUGAGUUCACAGCCACUGCUCAACUCUUCACCGCACACCUCGCACACGCUGAAUAUCGUCGUCAGAAAGAGUUGGCCAAACAACGAGAAAAUGCUUUGGGCGGUGCAGAUGCGAUUGCCAGACCUGUGGUGGGGCAGUUGAGUAAAGAGGGACAGAGAAAGAAGCAGGGAGAGUUGCAGAGACAGGGCAUCAAGGCGAUCAUGAAGGCAGAGGAAGAAGAGGAAGUUGACCCGUGGAUGGGCACGCAGUUGGCAGGCUUGAUGGCAAGUCCGAGGAAAAGAGAGAGGUUGCAACCAGCCAAGGUUGUGGGCAGGAGCAGUACGAGGGCUGCUGCUGGCUUUGACCGUGCAAGACCACUGGAUCUACGAGGCAGACCGCUGGAACGGGCGAAGAGUCCGCGUGUGAAGAAAGAGGUCAAGGCCGAGCAAGAGACAACUGACGACGACGAUCUGGAUGCUCCUGGACCUCUCCGAUUUUCAUCUCGUCCUGGACGCUCAGAGCCCUCUCCUACACCAUCCCGUCCGAAUAACGUCUUCAAGCAAUUUGCCAAACCACGUACCGCAAAGACAAACACCAUCAAGCAGUCGUCUCACCGCACAUCAUCGUCGACGACAUACUCCUCGGACCUCUCGGACAGACCCUCACACAAGAAAUGCGCAAGCAUCGACCGUGAAAUAUCACGCCCUCCACCAAAACGUACAGCACGCGAACCU